GCUUGGUGUAGGUUGUGUUAUAAGUUGGGAUUAGGACAAGUCUAGUGAAACUGAAAAUAGUGAAUAGUACACAAAAUCAAAAACAGCCACACUUGUGAGGUGAGCAACAAAACAAACACACUUUCCUUCCACCAUUUCAUUUACAAAGUAACUAACUCAUCACAAACAAAUUCAACUAACUUCAAUUCCAUUUCUUCAUCCAAUCAAUUCAAUCAAUGGUUUCUUCUGUUUCUGCUUCUCACCUCUGUAUUUCAACAAUCACAAAUUGUUCCAUUCCUUCUUCUUCUUCUUCUUCUUCUUCUUCAUGGAAAGUUUCAACAACCUCACGCAUCACGUGGCAGAAGCGUGGCUAUUGUAGAGCUAUGGUUCAAGUUCAAACUGGUGCACCUGCUGCGUAUGCUAAGGAAAUGGAACGUCUUUCAGCUAAAGAAUCGCUUCUUCUUGCUUUUAAAGAUGCAGGGGGUUUUGAGGGCUUAGUCUCUGGGAAGACAACUGAGUAUCAAAGAAUUGAUGUGAAUGAAAGGAUAACUGGUCUUGAGCGGCUCAAUCCAACACCUCGGCCCACAACGUCACCCUUUCUGGAAGGGCGAUGGAACUUUGAGUGGUUUGGUCCUGGAUCUCCUGGGUUGCUUGCUGCUAGGGUUAUAUUUGAGAAUUUUCCUUCAAGUUUAGCUAAUUUAUCAAAAUUGGAUGUCUUUAUCAAGGACGGAAAUGCAAAGAUUACUGCAAACACAACAUUUUUAAACUCGAUAGAAAGCAGUAUUAUUCUCUCAACCAAAUUAUCUGUGGAGGGGCCACUUAGAUUGAAAGAGGAGUAUGUUGAAGGGAUUCUUGUGUCACCGACAGUUUUGGAAGACAGAGUCCCAGAUCAGCUUAAAGGUGCACUCGGGCAAGCAGUUAAUGCUUUACAACAGCUUCCGGCACCUUUACGCGAUGCUAUUGCCAAUGGGCUAAAAGUUCCUCUAACUGGAAGCUUUCAGAGACUCUUCAUGAUUUCUUAUCUGGACGAGGAGAUACUUAUAAUAAGGAACACAUCUGGGAUUCCAGAAGUUUUAACGAGACUCGAUUCAUUGCCAUCAUCCCCGGGAGAAACAAGUCUAGAAUAUGAAAGCUAGUAGUUCUGUAUUGUAUGUGAAUUAUUUUACCCCGGUAUUCGAGGUGUUAAAGUCAGAUUCUUUGUCCUUACAAGAAUUCUCAGUAUCACAACAAAAGUGAUUCUAUGAUGUAGAGCUUGAGUAAUGCUAUUGAAGUUCUGCCUUUUUUCUUUUUUUUUGAUGAAGUGAAAACAACUUGUUACAUUUAUAAGUUGUUUUCAGGUUUUUUAGAA